AUGACCAGCAAGGCCUUCCUGGACGUCGACAUCGACGGCGAGCUGGCGGCUUUCAAGCUCGGCCAGGCCUUCGUGGAGGCCAAUGACAUCAAGUACUCCUUGAGCUCCAAGGACGUCUUGGCACUCGGUGGCUCGGAGCUCUCACGGCUCCCGGAGCUUUUCGAGUCCGACUACGAGUGGAGCCAGAAGGGCAGAGCCCUGUUCAAGCCACCCCAGCAGCGCGUGGUCAUCGAGCUCUUCGACAAGGAGAGCCCGAUGGCCUGUGCCAACUUCAAGGCCUUCUGCACGGGAGAGAAGGGGAAGUCCAAGGAGUCUGGGAAGGAGAUGUGCUAUCGAAACGUCCCCUUCCACCGGGUCAUCAAGGGCUUCAUGAUGCAGGGGGGAGACUUCGUCACGGGCACCGGUGCCGGCGGAGAAAGCAUCUACGGCAAAAAGUUUAAGGACGAUGCUGGUGGCCUCAAGCUGAAGCACGACGCGCGAGGCAUCGUCUCCAUGUCCAACACGGGUAAGAACUCGAACACCUGCCAGUUCUUCAUCACCUUCGGUGAGCUGAAGCAGCUGAACGGAAAGCACGUCGUCAUCGGCCGUGUGGUGGAGGGCAUGGAGGUCAUUGACCGCACGGAGGUCGAAGCCGGCACCGAGAAAGAGGAUAAGCCUCAGCUCCCUGUGGUCAUCGUGGACUGCGGUCUCGUCUCCUGA